CGAAGGCGGAACGUAUGACGUAGGCAGCCGGACUCAGAGGGUUUUAUUGUUCCUUAACGUCGGACACUGAAUUAGGGGCUUUCAGAGCCUAUAUCUAUUAGGAAUAUAGACUAUUUUCAUUCCUAGGUUUGCAGGGGAAAGAGAUUUACAGUACAAAGGCAAAACCAGGUGUCCAGCUGCCAUGGCGUAUGCGUACCUCUUCAAGUACAUCAUUAUUGGGGAUACGGGAGUGGGGAAGUCAUGUUUAUUGUUACAGUUCACAGAUAAGAGGUUUCAGCCUGUGCAUGACCUCACCAUUGGUGUAGAAUUUGGGGCGCGAAUGAUCACUAUCGACGGCAAACAGAUAAAACUCCAAAUCUGGGAUACGGCCGGGCAGGAGUCCUUCCGAUCCAUCACCAGAUCCUACUACAGAGGGGCGGCCGGAGCGCUCUUAGUGUAUGACAUCACAAGAAGGGACACCUUCAACCACUUGACGACCUGGUUAGAAGACGCGCGCCAACAUUCCAACUCCAAUAUGGUCAUCAUGCUGAUCGGAAACAAGAGCGAUUUGGAGUCGCGGCGAGAGGUGAAGAAAGAGGAAGGGGAGGCCUUCGCCAGAGAACACGGUCUCAUCUUCAUGGAGACGUCCGCCAAGACGGCUUCAAACGUGGAGGAGGCAUUCAUCAACACAGCCAAGGAGAUCUACGAGAAGAUUCAGGAAGGUGUCUUUGAUAUAAACAACGAGGCGAAUGGCAUUAAAAUAGGACCUCAGCACGCUGCCACCAAUGCAACACUUUCAGGAAGCCAGGGAGGACAGCAGGCCGGUGGAGGCUGCUGCUGAGGCCUACGCAUUUCUAUUUGACUGGUUGGGCAUACUAACCCUUUCUUACCCUCCCCACGCCAGCCCAACCCCUCAUUUCCACUCAUUUACUAGAUGGCUGUCCGUCAAGAGCAAAAGCAGAGUCCUUCACAAACCCUCUUAAACUUUUGAAGUCUUUCUGGGCUCCAACAGAGAUGGUUAAUUUUCACCUAAAUGACAAGAUUUUGAGGAUCAUGUUCAUAUUGAUUUUUUUUUAUUUUUUUUUUUUAAGUCAGUUGUGUUUUUUUUUCUGUGUGCCCUUUUGACUUCAAAACUGUAUUGUAUUAAGCACUACAAUAUCAUCUAAGUAUUUUAAUCAGUUCGCGUGGACAAGGUUCCAGGCUAUUUUGGUUACUUGAAGUAACAGUAACAGACAUGUAGGACUGUCAGCCCACCAUUUUCAAAGUGAAGAAGUGAAAAAGAGCAGGUCCGUUUUAAUUCUCUAUUUAUCAUUCAUGUUUUUGUAUAUAUAGUUAUGAUUUCUUGCUAUAGUGUAUCUUGACCAAGUUACAAUACUUUACUGAAUUUGCUGAAACUCCAUACUGUACAAUUUAGUGCUAAGAACUGCGACAGUAUUGCUAUACCUGCUUUGACACACCUUUUUAAUCCUAUAGACCAUUUCCUGCCAUCUACCGUUUUCUUCUCUCUCCAGUAACCUUGAACUGCUCAGUGUAUAGCAACAUUGGCUCAAUAUCCUUCUAAUUUAAUGCCAAAUUAUGUGCUCUAUAACCACAUCUCCAGAAAUGGAUCACCCACUCUCUCUUGAAAUGGAUCAGCUGUUUGCCUUAAAAAAAUAGAUUCAGAUAUUUUUUAGUGGUGAAGCAAAAAGAAACGUUAAUGCAUUUUUCUCUCUCAAAAGAUUCAUGCUAGAAUAAUAUAUUAUAAUAUACCAUUGUUUCUUAUCGAAAUUUAUUUUUCAGGUUAAUCUGCAACAGAAUUUUUGUGCAGAUCGAUAUUAAACUUUAGAUGUCUUUGUGGUUGUGUAAAGAUUUGCUUUAUUUGACGGUGUGUUCUGUUUAUGGAUAUAUGGUGAACAACUUGUCUAUUGUGAAAAGGGGGUGAUAAAAAAAGGCCAAACCUGGAAUAUCUAUGUGACCCUCAACUUAUUUGCUGUGGUGGUUCUUCUUAAAAUGAUUGUUACGACAGUAAAAAAUUUAAAAAAUAUAUGUAUACAAUAAAAAUAUAAUAAUCCCUGUGGUUAAACAAUCUAGAGAACUCCUUUUCUGGCUGUGGGGAAGAAAUGAUAAUGGUAACUAUAUUGUCUACUUUCUUUUCCAUUUCAUUAGCCAUCUCUAAUGAUUUUCUCCACGUAAAUCUUCAUCCCCAAGCUCAUGUGCAGUGUUCAUUAUCCAGACAUCUGUAUAAAUAAAAAUCCCUUCUGCCUUGGAUUCAGAUGUAAGGACAUUCCAGUAAAGUCAAUUAAGUGAAAAAUGUUUGAUUUAAUCAUGCUUGACAUUGAGAUUAAAGUACAGGUCUUUUGUCAAAA